GCGACUUUUGGCUUGCAACCACCCACUCGUGCAUUCGCACCAUCCGUCUCAUCCUCGGCUCCGAGUCCGCGGCUUGCUCGUCCAUCUGUAAUCCGACAGCACACCGAGACGACGAGGAUCGAGUCAACAUUUCCCCUUUUGCUGGUUCUCAGUCGUACAAACUUCUCCGACGUCACCGAGCCCAUCCUCAACUUUCCUCCAUCAGCCUCAUCAACCCCACUCACCAUCUUGUGGUGCACGCCAUAUCGCAAUGGUGUUCGCACAAGCCCAAGGUCUUGUGCAGGCCGCCAAGGUGGCCUACAUCGGCGGCCACUUGGCUGCGCACAAGGCCAAAGAGCCCGUCGUCAAACCCCACCCCUCCCCCUUCAUCCUGAGGCAUACGCUCUUCUUCCUUCCCCUCCUAGUUCUCGUGUCCGCCGUCGCCCUCCUUCUCUCCUACGGCGUUCCCUGGCUCCAUGCUCGCUACCGCCGUCGCCGCGGCAUCUUCCUCGACGGCGAGGAGGGCGAGGAGGUCGAGAUCGAGGCUGAGGCGCCGCCGCCCAUCAUGCCCACGCAGGGGCUGUGGUCUGACUUGCGGGCGCACGUCCGCUCCAUGCAGACCGAGGGCGCGUUCAUCGUCUUCCUUGACCUCGUGCGCACCAUCUGUCUCUGCGCGCUCGUCGGCCUCAGCAUCCUCGCGGCAGUGCAAGCCGAGCCGCCAAAGAAGGGGCGCAACGAGAGCUACUUCGAGAUCAUGAAGAAGAAGAAGAGAGGCAAGAAGAAGAGGAAGAACAAGCCCAUUCUCGACGAGUUCUCGGCGCUUGAGUGGGCCGAGUUCGGCGUCAGCAUCUUCUACCUCUACAACCUACUCUUCUGCUUCUUGCUACUCACGCUGCGUCGCACCAAGCUCCGCAGAAAACUCACUAAUCACGUUGAUCUGCUCCUCAUCCUCGCGUUCGCCCUCUACUCGUACCGCGACAUCUGGCCGGCUCUCACCUACUACCUCUCGCCCUCGGACGUAAACAACUGGGUCACAUGGACGCGUAUCGGCAUCCUGGGUUUUGCCGGCGUCAUGAUCCCCCUCAUCCGCCCGCGCACCUACGUUCCCAUCAACCCGCUCAAGCCGACGCCGCCCGAGCUCGUCCACCCCGAGCAGACGACGCCGCCCCUCUUCUUCAUCUUCUACGAGUUUAUGACCGGCCUCGUCAUCAAGGCGUGGGGCACCUCCUCGCUCCCCUAUGAGGAGCUGCACCCGCUGGCUGACUACGACCGCGCCGAGCACCUUUACGACCAGCACAUGACGACGCUCGACCCCGUGCGCCGACGAGCGCAAGGCCUGCCCCAGCGUCACCUUUUCUUCAACCUCGCGUACGCUUUCCGCAACACCCUGUUCUGGGCCAGCGUGAUGUGUGUCAUCGCCGCCAUUGCCGAGAUCAUGCCAGCGUACGCGAUCAAAAAUGUCCUCACGUACCUCCAGAACCAGGGCGAGGGUGCGCGUAUCCGACCAAUCCUCUGGGUCUCGCUUCUCUUCCUCGGCCCGCUCAUGUCGUCCCUCGCGAUCCAGUACUACAUCUUCAUUAUGACGCGCUUCCUCGUCCGUGGCGAAGCCAUCCUCACUCAGCUCCUUUUCGACCAGGCCCUCCGCCUGCGCAUGAAGGACAGCGUCGGCAGCGAGGAGGAGAAGGUCGACGGCGAAGCUCCUACCUCGGUCGAGACGCCUAACGGCUCGGAGAUUCUGGACCCUACGAUUCAGGCCGCUCACAACAAUUCAGCCGCCAAGGCGGAGACGGAGCCCGUCGCCGAGGCCAAGGCAGCGUCGAGCCAGGGGAUUGUUGGGCGUAUCAACGUCCUCAUGGCCCAGGACGUCGAGUCCGUGGUUGAGGGCCGAGACCUUCCUUUGGUCCUUGUCUACAUCCCAAUCCAGGUUGCCCUCUGCCUUUACCUCCUGUACCAGGUCCUCAGCUACAGUGCGCUCUUUGGUGUCGCUGCCAUGAUCCUCACUCUGCCCCUCCCCGGCUGGUUUACUGCUCUGGCUACGCGAGUCCAGACGGACAAGAUGGAGGCUACUGACGUCCGUGUCGACGCGAUCACGGAAGCCGUCAGCGCGCUACGCAUCAUCAAGAUGUUUGGUUGGGAAGAGAAGAUCAAGGCGCGCAUCGCUGCCAAGCGCGAGGUCGAACUCAAGCUCACUUGGAAGCGCCGUGUGCUUAACCUUGCCAUUGAGAUGGUCAACAUCCUCCUCCCGGUCAUGGUCAUGGUCGCGUCGUUUGCCGGCUACACCCUGGUAGAGAAGAAGCAUCUCACCGCGGCCACUGUCUUCACCUCGAUGACUGUGUUUGAGAUUCUCAAGGGACAAAUGAUGAUGGGGUUCUACAUGGUUUCUGAGUGGAUCACAUCGGCCGUCUCGAUCCAGCGCCUCAACAGGUUUAUGAACGAGAGCGAGAUGAUCGACGAGUACUCGCAGGGCAACCGCAUCGUCGUCAACACGCCUGAGAAGAUGGAGGCCGAGAAGGAGAGCCUCAUUCGGAUCAAGGACGCCGUCUUUGCGUGGGGCACAGACUCGCCCGACAAGAAUGUCAUGAACUUCCGCCUUCGCAUUCCUGACGUGACCUUCUCGAAGGGCAAAAUCAACCUUAUCUGUGGACCCACCGGCAGUGGCAAGAGCUCUUUCCUGGCAGCGCUCAUCGGCGAGCUCCAUUUCGAGCCUGAGAACGACACGGCGUUCUUCCACCUCCCGCGCGAAGGUGGCGUAUCAUUUGCUGCCCAGGAGAGCUGGUGCACGUCGGCCUCUAUCCGCGAGAACAUCUUGUUCGGCAAGCCAUACGAACGUGCACUUUACCGCAAGGUAUUGCAUGACUGCGCUCUGGAGACGGACCUCAAGCUGUUUGACGAUGGGGACAAGACUGAGAUUGGUGAGAAGGGCAUCACCCUCAGUGGUGGGCAGAAGGCCCGCGUGACCCUCGCCCGCGCUAUCUACUCUGGUUCCGCGGUGGUGCUGCUGGACGACAUCUUCUCCGCCCUCGACACUCUCACCUCGCGUUUCAUCCUGGAUAACCUCUUCAAGGGAGAUCUCGUCAAGGACCGCACGAUCGUUCUCGUUACGCACCACACCCAUCUUGCUGGGCCUAUUGCCGACUACAUGGUAACCCUCAACCCAGACGGCAGUGUCGCACAUGCUGGGCCGAUCGACGCGUCGAUGAUCUCAGCAGCGCCUUCAGAAGCUGACCUUACGAAUCUGCGCGCGACGACAGAGCUGGAUUCGGAGAGGACUGCUGCGCCCACUCCCGAUAUCGAGGAGGAGGUCGAGAUCGAGGAACAGGAGCUAAACGGCAACGGCCAUGCGAAGAAGGCCUCCAAGCUCAUCAAGGACGAGGAAAAGUCGGAGGGCCGUAUCUCGCGCCGCGCACUCAAGUCGUUCUUCAGCAUGUUCGGCGGGCCGAUCUUCUGGGCCAUUUACUUCGGCUUGCUGUUUGCCGGACAAGCCAUGUCGUCCUUCCAGACAUGGUGGCUCGGUCGUUGGGCCGAGGCCUAUGACGAGGUCUCGGACCCCAACAUGGUAUCAGUGCCCUUCUGGCUCGGCCUCUACAUGGCGUGGGUCGUCAUUGGUGCGCUCGGCUUAGGCAUUUCGGCCAUUCUCUUCUACAUUGGUGCGAUGAAGGCAUCGCGCUCGAUCCACCAAAAGCUCGUCGACCACAUUUUCGGCGCGUACAUGCGAUUCAUCGACACGACGCCUGUGGGCCGCAUUAUUUCUCGUUUCACCAAGGACAUGAAGUCGAUCGAUGGCCCCUUCACUGAGCUGGCCGUUGGCGUGUUCGACAUCUCCAUGGGUCUGGUCAUCAAGCUGGUCACCAUCGUUCUCUUCGUCCCGUUCUUCACCCUGCCGGCGAUCAUCAUCGGCGCCCUGGGUGGCUUUAUCGGCGAGAUGUACAUCCACGCGCAGCUCAGCGUCAAGCGGGAGAUGUCCAACGCCAAGAGCCCGCUGUUCUCUCACCUCGCCUCGUCGGUGUCUGGAAUUAUCUCCAUCCGCGCCUACGGUGCGCAGGAGCAGAUCAAGAACCAGACGCGGGAGAAGGCUGACAAGUACACGCGCACCGCGACGGCGUUCUACAACCUCAACCGCUGGGUGACUGUGCGCAUCGACAUGCUCGGCGGCUUGUUCUCGAUGACGUUGGCGAUCUUCCUCGUCUAUGUUGUCCGUCUCGACCCCUCGACGUCCGGCUUCGCCCUCACGCAGGCCAUCUCCUUCGCAGGCACCAUUUUGUGGUGGGUGCGCAUGCUCAACGACAUGGAGGUGCAGGGCAACUCGGUGGAGCGUAUCGAGGACUAUCUUGUCAUCGACCAGGAGCCUCCUUACGACAAGCGCCGUGCGACUCCGGCGGCUUGGCCUUCCUCGGGCGAGAUUGUAUUUGAGGGGUUGAGUGCCAAGUACUCCAAGGACGGCCCGACCGUGCUCGACAAUCUCACCUUCACCAUUCGGAGCGGUGAGAAGGUCGGCAUAGUUGGGCGGACAGGUAGCGGCAAGUCGACGCUGGCUCUUGCUCUUCUCCGCAUGGUCCCGACCACUGGGACUGUGCUGAUUGACGGGAAAGAGACGGACAAGAUCAACCUACACGAUUUGCGCACCAACGUGACGAUCAUCCCUCAGGACCCGAUCCUUCUCUCGGGCACGUUGCGCUUCAACCUCGAUCCCUUCAGCGAGCGCCAGGAUGCUGAGCUGAACGACGCACUGGAUCGCUCAGGUCUAGGUGCCGCCGCGCGUGCCCCAUCAGGCGGCGCCACGCCGAUGCGUAUCACGCUUGACACGCAGAUUGCGGCGGGCGGCUCCAAUCUGUCGCAGGGUCAACGCCAGCUCGUGGCGCUUGCGCGCGCCCUGGUGCGCCGCAGCAAGGUGCUAAUUCUGGACGAGGCGACCGCGUCCGUCGACUUUGCGACCGACGCGCUCAUCCAAAAGUCGAUCCGCGACCUGCCGUCUGACACGACCGUGUUGACGGUCGCGCACCGCCUCGCGACGGUCAUGGAUUAUGACAAAAUCCUCGUCCUCGGCGCGGGCAAGGUGCUCGAAUUUGACGCGCCGGGUGUGCUCAAGAACGACAAAGACUCGUACUUUGCUCAGCUGGUCCAGGCGAUGGACAGUUAGUGCGGAGGUGCGGGCGUGCAGGUGUGCUGUAGCAGUAGGAAUAUGUCAUGGAUCUAGUGCGGCACUU